AAAAAGUAUCACCACACAUGAAAAAUCAAAUUAGUCCUCCUCAGAAUUCCGUUUUUGAUUCUUCAUCUAUCUAGGGUUUUAUGGAUUCUUCGACCGGGUAGGGUGGGAAAUAAAGGUCUAGAGUUCGAAUCUUGAAGUGCCAGCAUUUUCGCGAAGGCCGGGGUUACCCCUCGCUCUACGAUAUAUAUUCUCAAAACUCUUUACGAGAACAAAGUCACGAAGUUUGCUUGAGCUGCAAGCGACAAGUUUAGAAUUUUAAUGGCGUAGACGAAUGCAGAAUACUUGUAAGAGCAGAAACCCCAGGGGUCGGUGCUGCUAUGCCUUUUCGCCUUUACAGAUAAAUUUCUCUGUAAAAAAUGCCCACCUUUUCUGUUAUUGCCUUGGACAGGAUUUUAGAGCCUACUACUAGUAAUAAUAAUGGCAGUAGAAAUAAUAGCGGCAGCGCGUCUGGCAAGACUAAGGUUCAAGAUGAGAAUGGAAAUAAAUCCUCGAAGAAGCCAAAGAAUGUGAUUUCACCGUCACUUUACGCAACGCCUCAGAGAACCCCUAUUCCUGACUAUCCAACGUCUUUUAAUCCUUCUCCCUAUGUCGUUGAUCACAAAAGGCGGGUGCCUUUUGUUGUGAAAGAUGUGAAGGGGUUCGAGCCCAGGACCAAGGAGAACCGAACCGAGGGAAAAGGUGAGAACGAUACAAGUAUUGUUGAGGGCGAAGCUAUUGCGGUUUCGGAUGGCCCGGAAUUUGUCGAAACUACGGUGAAAAAUAAAUACUUGACUUUGGCCGGGGGUUUGGAUUCAGGAGACAGUAUGGCGAAUGAGGUACCUGAGGAUUCUGUUUUGGGUGUGGGAGGACUUCGUCAUAAUUUUGGGCUGAAAGAGGAAAAAGAGAGUGAUUGUGAUGAUGAAUUUUUAGAGGUGGAUGAAUGGAAGAGUGUUGCGAGCAGCAGCGAUGCGGAGUCGAGGUCUAGGAGGAGCUACAAUUUUAGUACACAGACUGGGCAAAGUGAAUAUUUUGAUGCAAUGGAAGAUAUUUACACUGAAGAUGCAGCAUCACAGACUUCAGAGUCAUAUAACACAAUGCUACAAAGUGAACUUGACCGUUUAAAGCAGAAUCUCUCUAUAGAGAUGGAACGAUGCAAGGUGGCAGAAGAAACAUUAACUCACAUGAAGAACCAGUGGCAAGAGAUGGCAAAGAAGUUCUCAGUUGCUGGUUUAUCAUUUCCUUCCAUAAGAAUUGGUUCACCAAGUCAGCCUUUGGAAGAGAGCCCUGUUGAUGUAAUCUGCACACAAAUUAUUGUUGCAAGAUUGGUAUCUGGAGCUAUUGGAAGGGGCUCAGCUAGGGCUGAGCUGGAGGAAGAGAUGGAGGCAAUUAUUGAAGGAAAAAAUCGUGAAAUUGCAAGAUUGCGUGACAAGCUGCAGUACUAUGAGGUGCUCAAUCAUGAAAUGUCUCAAAGGAAUCAAGAAGCCAUUGAGAUUGCACGCAGACGCCGGCGUACACAAAAGAAAAGACAGAGAUGGAUCUGGGGUUCGAUAGCUGUGGCAGUCACCAUUGGCACCACAGCUUUACUACAGUCUUACCUGACACGAAGUGAAAAGCGGGAUUAUAAAUCUCCAUGGGCUACUGAUGCUGACAAUCAUGGAACUGCAACUGAUAAUUUAGAGAUCUGAUAGCCAUGCUAUGCUUUAUAGUAUUCAUUCAAAAUUCUCAGCAGAAUAUUGUGUUUUGUUUAACAAAACUUGAUGCUAAUAGUUAGUUAAUCAGUGAUUCAGUAAUCUUGUAGAUUUGAGCGGAAUAGAGUAUAUAGAGUUGUAUCAUUGAGUGAUAAAAUAAAAAUUGCAUUAAAUAA